UGUUUGUUUGAUUUUAUGUUUGCUUCCUGAAAAAUUAGGUUUCAUUUGGUCAGUGAAACACAAACAAAAUGUCUGGGUAUGCGGGUGUUGUUGUUUCUGAUCCAUGGCUUCAUAGCCAAUUCACUCAAGUCGAGCUUCGUGGCAUCAAAUCCAAAUUUCUUUCAGCAAGGAACCAAUCUGGAAAAGUCACUAUCGGAGAUUUACCGCCAGUGAUGGUUAAAUUAAAGGGUUUGAGUGAAAUGUUUACGGAAGCACAGAUUAAGACUAUCUUGGGGGAGUCAUCUUCUGACAUGAACGCAGAAAUUGAUUUUGAAUCCUUUCUCCGGGCAUACCUAAAUUUACUGGCAAGAGGAACAGCAAAAUUGGGUGGACCGAAGUUGAAAAAUUCCGUUUCAUUUCUCAAGACUUCCACAACCACCCUUCGCCACACCAUUAGCGAAUCUGAGAAGGCAUCUUAUGUUUCCCACAUUAACAGCUUUCUUGGAGAAGAUCCAUUUCUGAAGAAGUAUCUUCCACUAGACCCAUCUACAAAUGCUUUAUUUGAUCUGGCAAAGAAUGGAGUUCUUCUCUGUAAGCUUAUCAAUGUUGCUGUCCCGGGAACAAUAGAUGAGCGAGCUAUCAACACCAAAGGUGACCUUAAUCCAUGGGAGAGAAAUGAGAAUCAUACUCUUUGCCUCAAUUCUGCUAAGGCCAUAGGCUGCACUGUUGUCAAUAUUGGCGCACAGGAUUUGGUUGAAGCAAGGCCGCAUCUUGUAAUGGGAUUGAUUUCUCAAAUAAUCAAGAUUCAACUGCUAGCCAAUCUCAAUUUAAGGAAAACUCCUCAACUUGUGGAGUUGGUCGAUGACAGCAAGGAUGUUGAGGAACUCCUAGGUUUACCCCCAGAAAAGGUUUUACUCAAGUGGAUGAACUUCCAAUUGAAGAAAGCAGGCUACAAGAAAGAGGUUACGAACUUUUCAUCUGAUCUGAAGGAUGGGGAGGCAUAUGCCAACUUGCUCAAUGUUCUUGCACCAGAACAUGGUAGUGCCAACACGUUGGAUGCUAAGGAUCCUACCGAAAGAGCGAAUUUGAUUAUUGAGCAUGCGGAGAAAAUGGAUUGCAAAAGAUAUGUCACUCCAAAGGACAUUGUUGAGGGAUCAGCAAAUCUAAAUCUUGCAUUCGUUGCUCAAAUAUUCCAGCAGAGGAAUGGUUUAUCUGUGGACACCCAAAAGAUCUCAUUUGCUGAGAUGAUGACUGAUGACGCUCAAACUUCUAGGGAAGAGAGAUGCUUCCGACUAUGGAUCAACAGUCUUGGAAUUGAUUCGUAUGUCAAUAAUGUGUUUGAGGAUAUCAGAGCAGGAUGGGUUUUAUUGGAAGUUCUUGACAAAGUUUCCCCAGGAUCAGUAAAUUGGAAGCAAGCAUCAAAACCUCCCAUCAAGAUGCCUUUCAGAAAAGUUGAGAAUUGCAACCAAGUUAUAAGGAUUGGAAAGGAAUUAAACUUCUCUCUUGUGAACGUAGCAGGAAAUGAUAUUGUACAAGGAAACAAGAAGCUCAUUCUAGCUUUUCUAUGGCAGUUGAUGAGGUUUACCAUGCUCCGACUCCUGAAAAACUUAAGGUCUCAUUCCCGUGGGAAGGAAAUCACGGACAAUGACAUUCUGAGCUGGGCAAAUAACAAAGUGAAGAGCUCAGGCAGAACAUCUCGAAUGGAUAGUUUUAAGGAUAAAAACCUUUCAAAUGGGAUUUUCUUCCUAGAGCUUCUCACGGCUGUGGAGCCGAGGGUUGUCAACUGGAGUGUUGUUACAAAGGGCGAAACUGACGAGGAUAAGAAGUUGAAUGCAACAUAUAUCAUCAGUGUGGCUCGAAAGCUUGGGUGCUCCAUUUUCUUAUUGCCCGAGGACAUAAUGGAGGUGAAUCAGAAGAUGAUCCUCACCCUAACAGCAAGCAUCAUGUACUGGAGCCUACUGCAAAAGACCAGGGAUUCAGGGUCGGCAACUAUCGACGAAAAUAAGGUGGCUGAUGGAUCCCCAGCAGCUUCCACUGAUGGUGAGAAAGACACUAUGUCCGCAGGCCGGCUUUCCAAUUUGUCCAUCGAUGAUUCGCUCUCUGAUACCGCUGCUUCCCCACACGUAGAAACUGGGGAAACCUCUCCCCAUGUUGAAAAUGAAGAACCCUCAACCGAGGUCGAAAAAGACAACCCUCCUGAUAAAGAAUGACCUAAAGAAUGGGCUCUUAUCUUUCUUUUGUCACUUUAUUUUUUUCUUCCAAGAUGUCAGGAAGACGAUGGUUGCAGUUUAGGUUGGUAGAAGAAGAGUUUGAUGUUCUUCAGCACAUUCUUUUUGGUAAAUGCCGUAUCGAUUCUGAUGACUAAUUAAAUGAAGGAGAUGUGUUUCGCUUUUGAAUUUACGAAUGCUGGUCUUGUUCGUUUUAGGGUCUCAAAACCCUAGGCACGGUCUCCAAUAAUGUUUUUACCUAUGCAUUUACUAGUGCUUAUCAUUUUUAGGGUGAAA